GGUUGGGGUUUGUUUAUGGCUCCUCAGACAGCUGUGUAUUGCUAUCGUGCGGUUGUUACUAAAGUUGGUAUAACUAGAGAAGCAAGCGGUCGGCAAAAUCCUCGAGGGGGUGUCUAACUCGAUGUUAUAGUGUGUUUUACCCUAAAUUCAUUUUACACAGGAAUAUCCCUUUAAAAAAAGGUUGUUUACAUCUGCUGUGUGUACACUGUCCACUCAGUUUCAAAGUGCCCCUUCCCUUUAAGCACCUUUUUGGAUGUGCAACAUUUAAUUGCUGAGUAUAACAUUUUAAAGAUUCAAUGUCUUCCCGUACAAGGUAAGAUAUCAAGGAAACAACACACGCUGACAUGGCCUUUGAGCUCACAUUGACAAUGCACAAAUAAUCAGAACAGUUCACAGUACAGAGUUGAUGAAAUGAUAAUCAAUGAGUACAAAGAUCUGUUUCUUGAAUUCACUGCUUACUUUUUCUGUUAUGUGGUUGCUACAUGAAUACUAUAACUCAGCAGUAUGUAAUAAACCUGGUUAGGGUUACAGAUUUUUCCUUAAAAAUUUAAUUUCUGUCAAAACUGGAAGUGAGUAACAGAGCUCUACCGUUAUUUAGUGCAUCGUCUUCCAAAUAGACAAUCUUUGAAGCUCGUUUCUAUUAGUCUAUUUGCCUUAGGCUACUGGUACUCUCACUAUAUAGUAUUUUUUUCUUUAUCUCUCUCUCAAAAAAGACUAUAACUGGAUUGAUCCAGCAUGAAAAAUAGUUUGCAAAGUGGGGCAGCUUUGAAGAGCAAAACCUACAAAACAACAACAACACAUGAAUCACAAAAAAACAACACAAAGAAUCAAAAAAACAAUGACAAAUCACAAAAAUAAUGACAACAAAUAAAAAAAAUCAUGUAUUUACAAAAAAAGAAACGUGAAAAACUAAACACAACAAUUCGUGUCAAAAUAACACAUUACUAAACACCAAACAACUCACAAAACAAAACAGAAAUAAGUAAAUAAAUAACAAACAACAACAAUAAUACAACAAAAAAUAAGCAAUAAAGAUGCGUCAUAAAAAAAACUAUAAACCACAAAUCACCAAUGACUAAUACAAUACAACACAUCAAAUAGUUAAACACAACAACAAAUUACAGAGAAAAAAAAAAACUACAAGUCACAAGCUCAUGUCACAAAAUACAACAACAAAACACUAAACACAUCAACAAACUCACAGGCUUUUUGUCAGUGUGUUUGGUGAUUUGUUGUUUUGAUUUGCACCUCAAGGCCACCAUAAAAAGGAGGAUAAAAAAUGAAGGACAACAAAAAACAAACAAUAAAAAAGUGUAACGAAAGUAAAAACAUGAAAACGUUUCAGUAACUCUCACAGAUGAUCUGUGGUUAAUAAGCAGACAUCAGCACAACCUUUGGGAGAUGAUGCAGGGAUGAAAAGACGCACAAAAGUUGGGUAAGAUUUAUUUUAUAAGUCAUCGAGAGGCCCAAACUUGACCCGUGUUACGUGCGUUACGUGCGUGCAUGUGUGUGUGUGCGUGUGUGUGUGUGUGUGUGUGUGUGUACAGGAAAAGGAACCCCUCCCGGUGAGCAGGAAGAGGGUGACGUCAGUUGUCAGUUGACCCAGUGCUGAGUUUUGUCAGAAUUGCGAUAUUUGUGUGUGUGUGUGUGUGUGUGUGUGUGUGUGUGUGUGUGUGUGUGUGUGUGUGUGUGUGUGUGUGUAUGUGUGGUUUGGAGUGGAUGAAGAAAGUGUGUGUGUCUGCAGGUCUGAAAAGUGUGACCGUGUAUAUGUUUGCGGACGUUUUUGAGUGUUUGCGCGUGCGAGAGCUGCGAGAGGGAGGGGGCGUGUUUAUGGGAAAUAGAGAUUUUGUGCGCGCGCACGUGUGUGUGUGUGUGUGUGUGUGUGUGUGUGUGUGUGUGUGUGUGUGUGUGUGUGUGUGUGUGUGUGUGUGUUUACACAGACGGGAAUACUGCGCCAGAGGAAGUGCGCCGGUUCUCCGUCUGAGCGUCCCGACUUCCUGCUCUGAGGCAGGAGGGAGCGAGUCUGAGGAUCCGCUUUCAGACCACAGAAGCAGCAUGGAGCCUCAACACCACAGACACACUCCGGUCUAGAAACAGACACAUCAGGCCGGGAAGACGGACAGAGGAGCAGCGUACAUCCACAGCAGGGUAGGUGCAAGUUCUCAUUUCCCUCAACUUGUGACUUCCGAAAUGAAUCCGUGCCUGACAAAGAAACGAGCGGAUUUAUAUCUGCUCUAGUUGUGUUUGCUGAAGAGAGAGAAAGCCAAGUCAAACAUUAGAAACUUAAAAAACACAUUUAAGCCGCGCGUAAAGUCAUAAACCUGUGCGUAAAAGUUGUGCGUUCUCGGCAUUUGCGCACACGCCGUGCGUAAAGUUGCCCUAGUUUUUUCAGAACAUGUUUAAAAAGGAAUGAUAGAACGAGGUUAGUGUACCGGCUGCUGUGGAAAGAAUUAGCUGUGGCUCCUUUAAAUAUCUAGUAGUAGACUUUCUGGUUUGUCUGGACCUUAAUUGCCAUGCGCUUCCGGAUUGAAGCUGGCAGCAGACAACAUCUUGAAAAUGAGUCACUGGAACAAAACAAAGAAGCGUUUGAGUUCCAGCAGAAGCAGUCUCUCUUUCUCCACACACACACGCACAUUAUUCCAUAAAUAAGAAAUAAGUAGCGGAGCAAAUGUAUGUCCAGUCAAGCACACUUGUUGGGGGUUGAGUUUUUCAGUUGAAUUUGACAUGUGGAGCGCUCUCAAGUUGAUAAAUGAUGGAAGUACAUUUGCUCUUGCUUUUGUUUGAGUCCACUUUAGUGAGCGUUAAAUCUCACAGGGUAACAAUAGAUCAAAUACAGAAUGACAUCAGGACAAAGAUGAAUUUUCCAUAUGCUGUUUUGUGUGUGUGUGUGUGUGUGUGUGUAUCAGGGGGGUGGGGGUGCAGAUGUUACUCUUAAGACGACAACUUCUGCAUCCGCUAAGUCUUAACAAAAGCAUAUCACAGUGUGGGUGCGUGUGUGUGCACUUCUGGUGGUUCCCAAUGAUAGGAAGUCCUACCUCCCACAGAGGGAAAGCCUGUCUUCAGGAAGACGCCCCUGAAGCUGAAUGUCAGGAAGUCCCCGUUUAGACAGACAGACAACACUACUGUUAGUCCAUCUCUUAACACACACACACACACACCCAUGCAGGAAAAAGGAAGCAAAGACAUGUAAUUGUUUGUGAAUAAGUGGGACAUUGUUUGUGCCAAAUACACUUUCUCACUUCACCUACUGUAGAUGGUUGCUGUUUGAAUAGAAAGACAGAGAACUGGAUACACUCUGUAUAUUUAUAUUUAAGUACUAGUUGGUUAUUGUUGGCACAUCAGACCAGGUGUUUUUACGCUGUGAGGGGAGGUGGAGUCCCCAUUACCUCUGGCUCCUGUGGUUCUCCAUCAUUCAGGCGGAGAAGUUGCCAUGGGGAUUUAUGAUGCAAAGUCUCUGCAGUCAUAUUGUCAUGGUUGCAAAUUAAAUUUGGUUGUAAUGAGGUAUGUGUUGUUGUCCUUUUCACGGAAAGUAGAUCUGUUUUUCCUGCCUGUGAUUUAAAAGAGUGAGAAAUAGAAAAAAAAAAAAAUGGACAGACAGGCCGACGCUCACAGACAGUCAGUGGCUUCCAGGUAAACAUGUUGGUUAGACCCAUGCUUGUCUUGGCAGAAGGUUAUUGACCACAUCCUGUUUUAUCACCAUGGCAACACCCUCAAAAUCAACCAGCGUCUGGCCCUCUCUUCCGUUUCUUGCUGUAACACACCAGAGAGACAAACAUAGAGGUGGAAUAAAAUGUACCACAUACAGCAGGUCUUCAUGGCCUUUUUAAAGUCUAAUAAAUUUCCUAAAACUAUGGGACCCCUGGAGUCCCAUCAGGAGAUUAUUUUUACCCAGGAUAGAAUGUAAAAAUUAUUCUUCAGAUCGACAAAGCUCUCUGUGGUUGGCAUCAUAAGACUCGAGACCUUCCUUUAGGAUAAAGCUUAUAGUUAGGUCUGGUUCAGGCCUGGUCCAGCUCUUAGAUUUGCCGUAGGUUUUUGUCUGUGUCAUUAACUCUAAAUCAACAUGUCCCAUCACCCCCAAUUUUCACCGCAUCCGGAACGGCUGUGAUUUUUGUCGUCCGCCAAUUCCUACUGGAUCUGAUGAAAAUUUCGUGGCGGAUUAUGGACAGCGGUAAUCGCGAGAACUCACAAGAACUCGUGUGCAAUCGUGAGAUAACGAUUUGUCUCUUUGCCACAGAGGCUAACCAUAAAAGCAGUAGAUUGUGUCCUUCCAGAGGAGGAAAUCCACCUCUAGACUUCUAAAAUCAGCACCUCCUCAUCCAUGGUGUCUCUGAAAUGUUGUCCAAAACCCUUUCACUUGUUCGUCUCCGCCCGUUUGCAUGGUGUGGAAUACUAUCCGCCUGAAACACAGAGUGUUUUAUUUUGAAAAGAAGUCGAAUGUUUUAUUUUGUGUCUGUACCCAACUUCCUUUCAAGCACAGGUUAAUCUGUGCUGAAUUUACCCGGCAUGCUCCGGCGUCCGGAAAAAAAAGAACUCUUGCGAUCAGCUGCGGAGUUCGGCGAUCCGCAGCAGAACGGAGAGAAGCUGGUGGAAAUGGACACAUUAACUUGAAUGAUUAUGAUCAGCUACGAUUGGUGGAUACAGCCUUUUUAGGAGCCGUUCCGGAUGCGGUAAAAAUUGGGGGUUAGAGUCACUCAUACAGUCUUUUCCGGGAGUCUCUUGAGCUCCAUCAUGCCGUGGGUUCCUCUGGAUCGCUGCUGCAGACGUUUUCGACCUGCCGUCUUUCUAGCUGCUUAAACUACAAGCAUCAAUCUCAUCUCUCUAUCCCCUCUCUAAAUCAAAUACAGUCUCAGCAGAUGACUGUCUAACAUGAGUCUGGUUCUUCUAAAAGUUUCUGCCUGUUAAAGAAAGUUCUUCCUCUCUACUGUAACUUGCUAAGUCUUGCUAACGUCUUAUUUGUAACUUAUCUGUAUAAACCUCUUUCAAGUAAAAGUCCCUUUCAUUUGUGUUGCUGGCACGCCUGUUAGUUUACAAGACAGAAGAGCAUGAGUUCAUACUGCAGGGUAUGAAUAACUAAUUAUACUGAGGGACCACAGUGAACAGAGUCAAAGGGAAACCCAAACUGCUCUCUAAAGCCUUUGGGGUUGUUCAGGUAUUUGUGUUGUUGUGGGUUUGGUUUUCAGGGUAAGGAAAGUCCCACUCAGAGAAGGGGAGAGAUGGUAGUGGGCAGGCCUGCAAUGUUUUUCUUGUGGUUUUUGGUGGAGUUUGCUUCAGAGGGUCUCGACUUCAAUAUGUUCUGACAUGGAAGAUUUCACUUCAUUUGUUUUUCCUCCAUCUUUUUUAAAACCUUUUAGUCAAUUUAAUUCAAGACUUUGACUCAUCGGGUCAAUCUGCAACCUCGCACCGUCCGCUCCAAAAUAAAUGAUGUUUCUUUUGGCCCUGACACAAACAAACAUUGUUAUUAAAUUGACUGUUAUUUAAAGUCUCGCUUCGUCUCUGCAGAUCACCCGUGACAGGUGUCGGUCCCAUCAUGGAAAGCUCAAUCACACUCUGGCAGUUUCUGCUGCAGCUGCUGAUCGACCAAAGCCACAAACAUCUCAUCUGCUGGACGUCCAAUGACGGCGAGUUCAAGCUGUUAAAGUCAGAGGAAGUGGCCAAGCUGUGGGGGCUGCGCAAGAACAAGACCAACAUGAACUAUGACAAACUGAGCAGAGCCCUGCGCUACUACUAUGACAAAGUACGCGACUUUUACUCUAUAUUUGAUCAUUUUGUUGGUCAGUUUAAGAACAAGAUUUGAUGUUUUCGUGUUGUUUUUUUUCCUGCAGAAUAUCAUCAAGAAGGUGAUCGGCCAGAAGUUUGUCUACAAGUUUGUGUCUUUCCCUGAGAUCUUGAAGAUGGACCCUGCGGUGGUGGAGUCAGGCCGCAGCAGCGAGGAGAGCGGAGCAACGUCAGAGCCCGAGGCUGAAGAUGAGGAUGAUGGAGGGAGAAACCAGUUCCUCAAAUCAGGCCUGUACUCCCCUUUCUCUGUCAGCUCACUGCAGCACUCCUUAGAGCCGCACCACCCGAUCAAACAGGAGCCCAGAUCUGAUCGGCAUGACGACACCGCCUCUGUCAUCCGAUUCAUUUCCAACAGAGGUCACUCCUCCCUUCCCCCCACCCCACCCCCAUCUCUGAAUGAGGCCUCCUAUUCCUCAAGGCCAUCCCCUCGCCAGGCUCGGUCUUCUUCCUGUUUCUCCACCCCACCACAAAGCCCCGCCCACAGACUGUGGAGGGGGCGAUGUAAGAGCACAGACACUGAUGAGCUGGAGUGCAGCGCUCAACCUCUUAACCUGUCAUCAGGUCAGAGGGAGAGACUGAGGUCACAGAGCACCGUGACGCCAGAGAGGAGGGGACUGGCGAAUAACUCCCCUUUGAGAUCUCGAAAACCGAAAGGCUUGGAAAUCUCCACCUCCUCUCUCCUCCUGACAGGAAGUGACCUCGUCUCCAUAGCCCUCAACAGCCCGGCACUGCCUUCAGGGUCUAUGACCCCUGCCUUUCUCACUGCACAGGUACAACAUGACACAAAACACAGAAGUACGACACUACACUCAUGCAGGUUUAACAGCCCCUCAUGGAUUUGGGUGGGAACAGGAGAGGGGAAGGAAAGAACGAGGAGAACAAUGUGUUUUGGGGGUGAGAGAAGUAAAACUCGUAGACAGGGAGGAGAUAGAAAGAGGUGAGCGGAAAGAGGGGAGAGAAAGCAGAGGAGGGAGGAGGUUCAUAAGUGAAGCCAUAUGUUCGUGAAGCUCCUGAUUCACUGGCAACAACACACUGACCUAACCAAAGCUGUCUGACUAAACUGAGAGAUUCAGCGGGAGUUUAAUCCAACAUGAGCAACGCAGGCUGCUGAGUUUACAGAACAGGAUUGAAAACUACAUGCUCGAGCAGUAACUCAUCGCUGGCUGUUGGUAGGAUGAAGUUUUUCCAAGGAACACCUGAGCUGUAAGCAAAGUAUCGAACACGAGAAUGGAGAUUUCAGACACUUAGGUAACAGAUCUUAGUUCCUCAAAGAGGCGGCCCCUGUCUGAGACUGUAGCUUUAAAAUUGGGCCUGUUCUGAGAGGGUUAUGGAACUAAAAGUGAGUCAAAGAAAGAAUAAAAUACAACAAUGUCUGGACUGGCAGAGGGAUUGAUCAUGUGGAGUCAAAUUCCCAGUUUCGGUUACAUAUUUGUCCAUUCAUUCCUAUGAGAAUCUUUGUAACAUCUGUGAUAGCCCAGCAGUAAACAAAACCCUGACAUAAAAAGCAUGUUUUCUGAAGUUUUUCAGUCGAUAUUAGGCCUUUGAAUGUAGACCAUAAAGAAAUAAAAGGUUAAAACCUUUGCCGCCAGGGUAUCUUUUUAAAGAGUCUAGAAACUGCUGGAAAGCAUAUUUAAAGUUGUAGUUUUAAAACUGAAAAACCUCAAAAGUUGUAUUUCUUUAUGCAGCGAGAUACAGACGCAGGCUCAAUGAAGAAAGUGUUGUUGUUGUUGAACUUUCUGGCCUUGGGAAAAAUCAGAGAAAACCAAACUGACCUGAGUUAAACACGCAGAGGCAUUAGACAGUCCAGACUGAGAGGAAUACAUCUCAUGAAUUCUGUAUGAGCGGAGCUUCCUGACCUGCAUCGAGUCCGUCUGCCAAGUCAAUCUGUCUGGUAGAUGCCGGUUCACUAGAGGGCAGACUCCGCUCUGAGCUUUGGGUGAGACUGAGUGAUACGACAACUUCACCACAGGCUAUGAACCGCUCUCAGGACUGAUUGCCAGAAUAAACAGCAUCAUUUCCAUCUUGGUGUAUUUAUCCUCUGACAUUUAAUUUGGGGUUUUGUCAAUGUAGACUCCAUCUGGUCUGCUGCUCACUCCCAGUCCUCUACUCUCCAAUAUCCAUUUCUGGUCCAGCUUGAGUCCAGUGGGGCCCCUCAGCCCUGCCCAACUGCAGAGCCAUGCCCCCCUCUUUCAGGUAAGACGCAAAAAGACAUUUUAAGUAAGAAGUUCACAGUUUUCUUCAUUUUUUACAUCUUUUACUGGACAAAAUCAAUUAAAACACCCUUCAAAAUGUUAGACGCUCAAAUUUUUGCAACUUAAAUCUUAUUCGUUUUAUAUGCCACAACUCAGGGAACAGGAGUUGAACUAGAUAAAUCUGCCCAUCAAGUCUUAAUUUACAGUAAACCUCCCCUUCGAAACAACAGGAACUUCAGUGUUUUCACUUGCAGAUUCACCUCGAAGUUUCACAUAGUUCUGUGUGUUCAUUUAUGUGUGAUUCACCGCGUGCAGGGGUUUCAAAAUAAGCUACAGAUGUUUCCGUUCCGAAGAGGGGGCAACUUCCUGGUGGCUGGGGGAAGAGGAGGAGGAGGAGGAGGAGGGCUGGUUGGUCAGGAGGAGUCCCUCCCACUAGUAUCAACAUCCCAGAAAAGUCAUAAAAACACACAGUUUAAAAAUAAAAUGAUACGUCAGCCGUAAUGUUUGAUGGUCCCCAUAACUUAAGUAAGCUCCCAGGUUAGAGUCCUGACUUUGUAUCAUAAACAUAAAGAUCUAGAUUGCUGAUUCAAGACUAAAGUUAUAGCAUUUGCUGAGCUGCACAAAUACAGCACUUGAGUAUUGUGUGUUUAGUUUAUAGACCCCUCAAUAAUUGAGGGUCCUCACAACAUUGGUGCACAACCAGGUCCAAGUCCCCACAUUGUAUUAUAAACAAAAGAACUUUGGCACGGAUGGUUUUAUGAUAAAAUAAAGACUAUUACUUUAUUUUAUUGUAUGAUAAGUAGGAUUGUAGAAUCUGUGUUAGAUUUAUAAACAUGCAGAUUAAGAUAUGCAUAUUUUCAUGAUCUGAUGUGUACUGAUUCAAUGUGUGUGUGUGUAUUGCAAAUGUGUGUGAAUUAUUUGUGAAGUGUUUUAGUUUAGAUUUUAGAUUGUGAGCCAAUAAAUUAUGAAUGAUCUGACUGAAUUAUUUACUUUUAUGUGUUAUAAAUCCUCCUCCAGUUCCCCACACUGAUGAAUGGACCCAUCCCUGUCCCUUUACCAAGCGUGGACGCUUCCUCCCCUCUGCUGCUUUCCUCCAUUUCGCACAAAUCCUGAUACCAAAGAGGGAACUGUGCAGUAGCAGCAGCAGCAGCAGCAGCAGCACAGACAAGGACCGAGCCUCUCAGCCUUAAACUUUAACAAUGAACCACAGACAGAGGAGUCGGACUUGCUCUUCACUCCUGAACCUGUUCCUUUGCAUUUAUCCUAUGAAGAAACAGGAGCUUCUCUCUGAGAUUUGAACAGAGUUCGUUGAGUGUUUACGACAGUUUUAACUACUCGUGUUGUUUAAACUCAUAUUUGGUGCUUUCCUCUUUUCAAGAUGUUGAAGCCUUGUCAAUGUUAUCAUCUCAUUUCAUGUCCUAUCUUGUAACUGAUUCACGCUUCAGUGAUACAGACUGGUUUUAUUUUUUAUCAAUGUUACUCUAUAUUUUUUUUUACACCACAGAGUCGAGCAAUGGAGAUCUGAGGAAAUUCUCGUCGAUAAAUGCUGGACAAAGAUUGACGGACAUAGAUUUGGCCUCUGGCUGUAUCUGCAUAACUAACUGAACAUGGUGUCGAUUUUUUUGUCAAACUUACCCCCAAUUUUCACCGCAUCCAGCGCUGUCCACUAAUUCCUACUGGAUCCAUUGGUGAGGUGAAUUUCUUGGCGGGUUACGGACAGCAGUAAUCGCAAGAAUUCACGAGAACUCGCAGAUUCACGUGCAACUGCGCGAUAACGAGUUGUCUCUGACAACUAAAGAGGCUAACUAUAAAAGCAGUAGAUUGUGUCCUUCCAGAGGAGGAAAUCUACUUCUAGACUUCUGAAAUCAGCAUCUUCUCAUCCAUGGUGUCAUCGGGGUGAAAUGCUGUCAAUAAACCUUUCACUUGUUCGUCCCCGCCCGUUUGCAUGAUGUGAAAUACGAUUCGCCUGAAACACGGCGUGUUUUAUUUUGAAAAGUUGCCAGAUGUUUUAUUUUGUGUCUGUGCCGACUUCCUUUCCAGCACGGGUUAAUCUGUGCUGAAUUUAUCCGGUAUGCUCCAGGCGUCCGGAAAAAAAUAGAACUCUUGCGAUCAGCUUUGGAGUCCGGUGAUCCGCAGCGGAACGGAAAGAAGCCGGUGGAAAUUGACACAUUAACUUGAAUAGUUACGAUCAGCUACGAUCGGAGGAUACGGCCGUUUUGUCGCCGUUCCAGAUGCGGUAGAAAUUGGGGGGUUGAGCAAAAUGUCAUUAAGCGUUAAAACCUUUGCCUUAAAUCUAACAUUUAAAACUUGGUUUUCUACGUGCAAAGCAGGCUGGAUACACAGCUAGACGGACCGCUCUAUGGCGCCAUUUUUGCCCCUGAUGCCCCCCAUAAGGCAACAAAUUGUGCUUUUUAGUAAAUAAGUGGAAUACCAGUGAGUGAGAUUCCUCCAAUCAGGACAAAUCACAAGUUGUGGUGAGUUAGCUCCGGCAGUUGGUAUGACUGUAACUCACAGAUAUGAGCCUCAUCAUGUGGGCUCAAAUACCUUAGAGGUAGUUGGCAGAUGGUAUUACCAAGAGUAUCUGCACAGAAACUGCACAUAAGACUUUGUGGCAGGUGGUUUCUGCUUUUUCAAAAUCUCUAUGAUCGACUAAAACUGUAACACAACGUUGAUCUGAUUCCUUUAACCUGUCUGUGAUCUUUCAACCCUUUCUUUCAAUUUACAGUUUUUCCAGACCAUUGUUUGACACGACAUCGACUCCUAGCAGAGCACCUGCUAGCAAGCGCACCAAAAAUUGUGGAUGUCUUUAUUUUGUUCUGAUGCUUUGACCCGAUGCUGUGAACUUUUAUUUUAAAUCUGUUUAUAGUUUCAUGCUUUUUGAUGCACUGUACUUUUUUUUAGGCUUGUAUUCUACCAGCAGUGCCUUUAGUAGUGUAAGAUUUUAGUAAAUGUGCUCGGCUUUAAGUCAUGUUUUAAAGAUAUUCCAGGUCAAGAUUGCACAAAGCUUUUGUUUUUUUUCAUCUGUGCGUAAAGUUGCUCUUGGUUAUUUUUAUAGAGAAUUAACUGAAUUUUAUUCCCUGUGUUUAGGUCGUAUGUUGAGAGAACUGUUCAUGUUUUUUUUUUUGGAAUAAAACUGAUUUCUUUACA